UGCCUCUUUCCAUGAUGCAGCCUGGCAGACCACAGGCGGGCUCGGUGCAAAAGUCGCCUUCCCCUCCCGCCCGCCGCCCUCGCUGGGUGCUGCCGUCGCGGUCCCGUGCGACUGCCCGCCUGCUCCAGCCACUGGUGGCCCCGAGCCCGAGCCCGCCGGGCACCGCCGCGCGGGGAGGGGUCGCUCGCCCUGGCGCGCCCCGCGCGCGCCCUGGGGGGUGGGCGUUGCACGCCGCGGCGCGAUCGGAAGGCCUUUGGCAUCGCGCCCAGAGCACAGAAGAGCGCGGUCUAGAGAAUCGAUCGUCUGAGGCGGCGCUGCUCUCAGAGCGCGCGGUUGGCCAGCUGCGUCCUCGCAGGCCUCGUCGUACCUCGCCGAGCACCGCGGGCCCAGGAUGCCGCUCAGCGUGGGCCUCGAAGGCGCCGCAGGCCGAGGGCCGGACAGCAUCGCGCCAGAGAGCUGUCCAGAGCCGACUGACGCGCAGCAGCCUGCGUCCACGAGACAGCAGUGGCGUGUUGUGCUUGUCGUGGCGCUCAACAGCAUGCUGAACGCGUUCGUGUCCAUGAACACGUCCUCCGUAGAGAGGGAGUACGCGAGGGUGCUCAACACGACUGAGGACGAUGUCGCCCACUUGUACAGCUAUUUUCUAUUCACCGUCAUGCUCGGCAUGACUCCUGGCAUGAUCUGGGCUACGCAGCAGGAAGGGGUAGCACUGUGCUUCAGUGUCUGCGCUAACGUUUCGUCCACUUGGAUUAGGUGGCUCAGCGUGAACACUGGUAACUAUGGGUUGUGCCUGUUGUCCACUGUGGUCAGCGCGAGCGGUGCCUGGACCAUCUUGUCGUUACCGGCGCAGAUCACUCACCAGCGCUUUCCGCCCGACAAGGGGACUCUGACGACCAGCAUAAUGAUACAGGCGAACUACUUCGGCUGGCUCCUCGGAGCAUUCAUUCCGCCGCACGCUCUUCGUCACGGCCCCUCCGUCCCCGCCUCGCUUAAGGAGUUAUGCUUCGCGCAGGCGGUGGUCGCGACACCUCUGUUCUUUCUCUUCUUCUUGGUCUACAGGCCCGUGAACCCCUCGGACAGAAGGAUCAUCGCCGAGCUCCACCAGGAUCUGGCGCAGUCGAUGUCAUCGCUCAACGUGGAGAUCAGCAACGCUGGGCACGCCAACUCGCAGUCUUUGUCGGACGGCGGCUUCAAGCAGCUCUUCAAGUCCCUCGUGGCUCAGCCAACGUUUGCCUUGCAGGUCUUGGCGUGCGGUCUGCUCGGAGGUAUCAGUUUCGCUCUACCCUCCUCCAGCGUGGCCAUCCUGGAGCAUUUUGGCUUCCUGGAAAGAGUAAGCUCAUUGGUGAACGUGGGUUUCAUCGGUACGGGCAUUGUUGCAGGGCUGUUGUUCGGGAAGGUUUGCAACACCCCCAGAAGAUAUGAGGGCUGCCUGAAGAUAAUGUUCGUAUGUAGCGCUGCCUGUCUCACUGCAACUGCGUGGCUCGCAAGUCAAGGGUUCUUGAGGCAUGAUGAAAGGCACUGGUGGGGCUUCCAGGUGUUCCUGUUUCUUUCUGCGGUCACUGGCAUGUCCUCGAUCGGCUUCAUCGGCGUCGGCAUCCAGGCCGCCGCGCUGUACCCCGCAGAUCCAGGCUACGUGUGCUGGGCGAUCGAGAUCAUCAUUCAGGGUCUAGGAGGGGGCUUGAACUUUUGGUCUGCCAACAAGAACGGAUUCGUACCUCUCGCUGCUACAGCCAUCGUAGCCACUACAUUCAUGUACCUGAGCUACGCGUGCCACACGACUCGCCCUCUUGGCAGACUAAUCUAAUCAACUUUACCGAGCCUCGACAGCCCUCCCGCUCUUCUGUGUCUGCUUCUUGAGUGGAUCCUCGACGUUCUCUGUCAAUGUGGACUGGUUGUCAUAUGUGGACUGGUCGUCAUACCGUCAGAACCCUCUAUUGUUGAGUGUCAUGGACGUUGCUCGAUGCAUGAGUGGCGCAGAGUAUUCACUUUGCUUGUGUAAGCCAAAACAGUCUCAAAGGCUUGACACCCCGAUCGAUCAAACUCUGCACAAUAUCUUUCUUGAUGUAGUGACCUCCGGAGCCAGCGUGCGCUGAUUUCAAACCGGGCCAAGUCACGAGUCAUUCUGAGCCGCGGCGGCCUCCGGUCGCGCUCCGUGAUGCAGGCCGGACGCGGGCGAACCUGGGCAUCCCAGGCUUUUGCGACUCUGCUUCUCGGCGAUGCUGUGCCGAAGCGCACGUGCCAGGGUUCUGGCGAUUGGCCAGGGCCUCCGACGCUGCUCUUCAGAGCACACCCUUCCUGGACCUCCGUGGUCGUGGGCCUGCGUCGCGGUGUGGGCCCCCCCUCGUGCUCCCGACCCCCUCUUCGAGGCUGGCUCCUCGCUGCGGGACCCAUUUUCUGACGCGUGCCCCUCGUGAGCUCGGGACGCUGGAGGUCCAGGACCUGCGGCACGGAGUUGGCCCACUUUGAAGCGCCUCUUUCGGCACGCGGCCCUGCGCCGCAGUCUCUGCGGGCUGCGCGACGCACGCCGCUGCCAGAGCGCAGUGGCAAGGCCGUGGGGGGCGGCCGCUGGGGACCCGAAA